AUGGCCAAGGUCGCUACAGAUUUCGAAAAGAUUAUUCAAGAGGGUAAGCAGCAUCUACCAGACUCUCCUCCGUCUACGAUUCCCCUAACAUUCUCCUCUCUCCAAGGUCGCGAGCGAAAGAAGAACGAAGCGCUUGCCGAUCGCAUCUUCUCCAAGAACCGUCGACAGAGCGCUCCCUCCAAGCUCAAGGCUACGCCUGGCCCUUCGCUCGCAAGCCGCGUCGGCGUCAAGAAGCAACGCAACUCCAACGUCGGCCUCCGGUCCAAUCAACCGGCUCCCGGAAAUGUCAACGGCGAAUGGACUCACGAUUUACACCACUCUAUCUCGGGCGACCUGAGUGCCCGCAUCUCAGCUCCCAAUGCUGCUAACAAGAGAGCCAACAACCGCCGUGUUGCCCGUCUUUUCGCUGCCGUCGAUCGCAUGGACACCUCGGUCGAUGCGCCUCAGCAAGUCAAUAUUGUCAAGCCAAAGGGGAAAGCUUCCAACGACAAUUCUUUGGGCAUGACUAUUCGAGGUCUUGCAGGACCAUUCACUAUUAUGGCACAGAACUUCGCCCCUGGCACUACACCUGCUGAUAUCGAGAGCGCCAUGACUCCCAUUGGCGGUGAGAUUGUUAGCUGUCGCAUUGUUAAGUCAAAGCCUAUUCUUAUCUUUGAGAUGGCUUUCGCUUCGCGUGAGGGUGGUGAACGGGUCAUUGAGACAUUUAAUGAUAAGACUGCCGAUGGUAGAAUUAUCAAAGUCUAUCCCAAGCUCGGAGCGCCUUCAACCAGCACUCCUUCUAAUAACGCUCCCAACAAUGCUCCCAACAACGCCCCAAGUGGUCCCCGAAGCACCCGUGUGAACAGGUACAACACCAAUAGUAAUGUUGUUGAUGGUUCCAUGGGUUUCCCUGAUCUAAUGGACACGCCUGCCACAAACGGAUCAUCGAGGAGCAACCAACUGUAUAGCGACAAACUUGUUGGCGGCAACCGAAGAGGCCGAGGCGGCCAAAGGGCUCGUGGUGGGCGAUGA